GUGAGAGACUCUGACAGUCGAGAGCCAGAGACCGAGAGAGAAGCACGAUGUCUGAAUUCAGAAGGAUCAUAAUGUCUUCAUUCCUGAUGCUGCUGCUCCACUUUCCAGCUGCAGAUGGGAAAGAUUACUCCCGCAUUGUCAGAGUUGGAGAUGAAGUCACUUUGCCUUGUGACAAUGUGAAUUACUAUCAGGAUAAUUGUGAGAAUACUACCUGGCUCUUCAGUGAAACAACAGCAUUGGUGACGCUGUUUGAAAACGGAAAUAUUUUCAAAGAAGCCAAAGCUAAAUCAGACAGACUGAGAGUUACAGAGAAAUGUUCUCUGGUUAUAAAGAACGUCACAGAGGAGGAUGCUAGUAGUUACACCUGCAGACAGUUCAGCACAUCAGGAAAACCACAAGGUCCAGACUCUCCUGUUUAUCUGUCUGUUGUUAACAUGACUGAACAUCAGGACAAUGAUGAGGUGACGUUACGCUGCUCUUUGAAGACAUAUGGAGGGUGUAUACACCCAGUGAAGUGGCUGCUUCAGGGUCAAGAUGUGGAUAAAGAUCACAGAGAGAUGAAUACAUCACAGUCUUCCUGCUCUGCCUCUGUGACAUUUCUGACUUCUCUUUUUAGUAACACAGAAAGGUCUGAGUUGUUUACUUGUGAAGUAAGAGAUGGUUACACAAUAAAAGUACAUCUGUUUCUCUUCAGCCCUCAGUCCUCAGGAACAACAACACCAACGCCAACAACAAAAACAACAACCACAACAGCUAAAAACAACUUAAACUCAGGUCGGUGGAGGAUCAUCGUUGUGAUCGUGGGUGUUGCAGCACUCACAAUAAUCACUGUGGCUGUCAUCAGUCGGAAGAGGACUCAAGGGAAUGAAACGCAGACAGAUGACAACGUGUCUGAACCUGAAGAUGGUGUUUCCCACACCUCCAUCAGCUACACCAGGACGAGCAGCAGGAAAGCCAGGGCUCAUGAUGAUGAAGAUGAUGAUGAUGAAGAUGAUGCAGUGACCUACAGCACUGUGGGAGCUCCCUCCUCUUCCUCUCCAGCCUCCGCUGAUCCCAGCCUCCUCUACGCCACCGUCAACAAAUCAAAAAAUGCUCAUGAUGAUGAAGAUGAUGAUGAUGGUGAUGAAGAUGAAGCAGUGACCUACAGCACUGUGAGAGCUCCCUCCUCUUCCUCUGCUGCCUCCGCUGAUCCCAGCCUCCUCUACGCGACCGUCAACAAACCAAAAGAAUAAUACAGUUUAAUGCUGUAUUUUAAACUAUGGCACAAUUGUUAUAACCAUAUUACAAAGGCAAAGCGAGCAGAGUUACAAUAAGAAUUAUAUUGACCAGGUUUUUGCUUUGUUUGGCUUAAAUACAUCUAAGUGAGAGUACAGCAAAACAUGUGAGUCCCUCUAGAGGUGGAUCGUGAAAAGGGGCAGACAUGUUGGAGAUUUACUGUAUUCUUAAUACUUACAGUGUGGGCAUAAUGAAGGUUUUAUUAAAUUGAUUCUGGCUUUUUUAUUACUGUUUUAAAGAGUAUUGCUUUCUCUUCUGCACAUUUGAUUGUUUUGUAUUUUACUAAAUAAAGUCACCUAUUAAUCUUU